ACUGGAUAAACCUGCUUUCAUUUGAACCCUGCACUUUCAUUUCACCGCCAUUAACAGUCGCCGGUCGCCGGCUCCAUUUCCACCGCAUAUGCUGAGGGCAAUCUAUAGAAGAUUUCAGCUCUAAACUAAAUGCGGAGAAUAAAUGAUGCCUUUGCCGUCACUUUCCUACUCCUCGCAGACCAAAUUUUCCUUCAGCAAGUCUAGUUUUCUCCCAUCUGCUACUGUUCAGGUACCCGCAAUUCAUUUUGUAACUAGCAAGAAAUGGAGAAAUGUUUCUCUUUCUAUAUCUUGUUCGUCUCCCAAAAUUGUCCGAGAUGCUAAACUUGACAUCCAUGUUGUGAGGGCAAACAAGGUACGGUUUGUACAAAAGCUCAAAACUCUGCUCUUAUCCAAACCAAAACACUACAUUCCCAUCCAUAUUCUUUCGAAAUGCCAGUCGUACCUUGCUCUUCCUGAUCGGCGUUCCGUCCGUUCCAUGAUCCACCGUUAUCCUUCCAUCUUCGAACUCUUUUCAAUUCCUAUACCACCUUUACCUAUAAAUGCAACAAAGCCAUACUUUCAAUUAUGUGUUCGUCUAACCCCAGCUGCACGAGCACUGGCUGCUCAAGAAUCUGAACUCCUAUCAGCCAUUUCCGACAACUUGGUCACCAAGCUUCAGAAACUUCUCAUGCUCGCUUCUCAUCAUCGGCUCCUAUUAUCGAAGUUGGUUCACCUUGCACCAGAUCUCGGCCUGCCCCCUAAUUUUCGGUCUCGCCUCUGCAAUGAUCACCCGGAAAAAUUCAAAACUGUUGACACCUCCUAUGGCCGUGCACUUGAGCUUGUUUCAUGGGACUCAGAUUUGGCUGUUUCCUUACCUCGUCCUGAUGUUGCACUCGAUUUGAUAGUAGAUAGACCUUUAAAAUUCAAGCAUCUGAAACUUCGGAAGGGGCUUAAUUUGAAGAGACGUCACCAGGAUUUCCUGAUUAAGUUUGAAGAACUGCCCGAUGUGUGUCCUUAUAAGACAGCUUCAGAAGAACUUCUGAAAGAGUCUGUUGAAGCAGAAAAGCGAGCCUGUGCUGUAGUAAGAGAGAUCCUCGGGAUGACGGUAGAAAAGAGAACUUUAAUAGACCAUUUAACGCAUUUUAGAAAAGAGUUCGGAUUUCCGAACCAGUUAAGGGGAAUGAUCGCGAGACACCCUGAAUUAUUCUAUAUUAGCGUGAAAGGUCUUAGAGAUUCCGUGUUGUUGGUUGAAGGGUUUGAUGACAAGGGUGCGCUUUUGAAGAAAGAUGAAGUUUCAGUUAUGAAGGAUAAGUUAAUGAAGUUGGUUAGUGAGUCAAAGAGGAUGAGGAGAGAGAGAAGAAAAGGCAUUGCAAAAAAUAACAAUGAAACUGGAGAUUCCGAUGAUGAUAGUGGUGACGAUGAUGAUGACGAUGAUGAUGGAUUUGAUAAUGUAUUUGAUUCUGAAGAUUCAGGUUUUGAUUAUGACUUUGUUAACAAUUUUCAUGAGAAUUAUGAGAUUAACAGUCAUGGUGAGAAUGGAGAGUUCUGGACCGUUAAUACUUCCGGUGACGAAGGGCGAUCUCCUGAACCUUGGUAGCUAAAGGAUGGAAUUGUAAAUAAUUUCAAAUUGUACAUUGUACCAUCACAUUUAUAUUGUGACAUCAUACUUUGGUUCGGUUUAA